GCCGAUCGCUCUCAAGAGCUCUUCGGGGCAUGGCGACACCGCGGGGCUCGGGCCAAACGCCCAACGAGUGCGGUCCUUACGGGGACUAUCCGUGGCCGUCGAAGCUCCGCCAGCACCCCAAUCGCAAGUCCUGAUUGGGCCGAAAACCCUCGAUCACGGAAGAUGGUGGUCGAGGGCCGCAAGACCCCCGAGCUGCGAGCAGGGAAACUAGCAUGCGCCGAAUCCGAUGGUUACGUUCGUCGUGCACGUUUACUUGGGAGCAGCAACUCGAAUACGACCAUGACGAAGCAUCGUUCCUCAGUUGUCAUGAUGAGCUUACGCGUGCGCAAGAUGUUUGAUGGCAGUGUCCGCUGGGAAUAUACGCAGGAGAACGUUCUUGCGACCUGUUUCGCAGCGCGUGGAAACGUCAGAAAGGCUAGAGCUUCGGUUCGAGAAGUUAUACUACUAUGUUAUAGUUACUGUGUAUCACCUAUGUUUAUCGACUGCGUUUUCAACUUCCAUUGUGUGCGUACGAGAUUGAGAUAUGCUUGA